AUGGCGCCUCACUUUUUCAAGCACAAGUCUGAUCAUCACCAUCAUAACCAAAAGGCCGAGGAUGAUCUGAGCUCGCAACUCUCCCGCUUGACCAGUGGCGAGGACACAGCCGCGAACCACCCAACCUCGAUCCUCUCGACCGGCGGCACCGGCAGUGGCUCGACAACACCAUUACCCCAUGGCUCUCUCGACCAGGAAGACAACGACGAUGACCAACCGGAGGGAUGCGGUGGUGUCCCCGGAUCGAGUUGCCGUUCCAAGCCACUUCGACCAAAGGAAUCUCGAAUGCCGAGUAGCGGCGGAUCGUCUUCGAAUGGCGGUCCGAGUCUGACCCACUCGGACACGAUGAGUUCCACCUCAUCCUCGUCCUCUUCUCACCCCACUUCCGGAUUAAGCACACACGGAUCGUCCUCUACCUCCUCCAAACACUCCUCCUUGGCUCUCUCUUCCUUCGUCAAAGGCCAUCACGGCUCCUCCCACUCGAGCAAACACUCGUCUUCCCCAGCUCCAGAACCUUUCAUCCUCCCGAGGGAUCCGAUCGCCUUGUGUGAAGCGGCCAUGUCCUCGAUUCUUACCGUCCCUGGCCCGCCGAUCGAGCAGUUGAAGAAGGAAAUUUGGCCCCAGUUGUUCCACAUUGCGUGAGUUAUUGGGAUAUCCAUUUCGAGAAGAUUCUCGAGGUGCUGACCUGGCGCAAACAUGGGGUUCGAACAGAUACGAGCAUCGCGUCAAUACACGAGAAGUCAACUUGGAUGGUUUGGUUGCGAUCGUUGAAUUCCUCCGAGGGCGUUACCAAGUGAGUUGACCUCUUACUGCCGAUCGUCUCGGACCGAAGUGUUAAAACCACUGAUAUGCCCAUUAUCUUACACACAGUCCGCAAGGCUCCGGUUCCGCUCGCACUUGAUGGACAUGGACGGGACAGCGUCGAUGAAGCGAGCUGCAGUCGCAAUCGUAUACGAGAUCAUAGUCCAAGUCAAACAUCCCAUCACACCCCAUAAGCAUCACAGUCAUAUUGACGAAGUGUGAGUGAUCCUUUACCCUGCUGGCUACGACUGAACAAGAAAACACAUGCGCUAAUUUGCUCGUCCAUCGACCUGAUCCUUCCAGUCGUACCUCCGCCAUGGGCGUCGUCAAGAUAUUUGAUGGGAGGUUGGCUCAAUCAGAUUUGGUCAUCGACACGGCGCCUCUGCAAAAAGCGGCCACACCGGAGAACCAACCUGAUUUGUCCUGCACGAUCAUGUGA